AUGUCCUCCAAAACCGAGCCACCUGAGUCCAAGUCGGGCUCGAGCGAGCUCCCUCAUUGUCUUGAUGAUGCUGUGAGCCCUCCAGAGCCUACAGCAGAAUCUUCACUGCCUGCGCUUCCUGACUCACCUGAACUGGUGCCACUCCCUGUCUCGCCUAAGCUGCUCCCACUUCCUGAAUUGCCCGAGUUUCCACCACUUCCUACCUCGCCUGAGUUUCCACCACUUCCAGCAAGCCCAGACUCGGUCCAUACUCCAGAGCGAUACUGUAGUGACGAGAACAAUGUCAUCACAAAUACUGACACUCCGGUUCACCCAUGGGAUGUCUGGUCACCACCUCCAUUGUCUGCUGAGGUCCGAGGCAUUCUUCAUCAGGCUUGCGGAUCUACCGAAUGUGAAGCUAUUCCUGGCCCCCAUCCUCUUGCUCAGCGUCGUAAUGCCAUCUGUGAUGGAAUGAAUGGUAGUCCUGUGCGUCGUGCCCAUCAACCUCGGGCCACGGCCACAACCAACGAGGGUCUUCACACUCGAAACCAUGGUUCUCUCGCAGCUGAAGAAGGAAACCCAGCAGCCCAAAACCAAGUCGAAGAGGCUCUUGGCUUUGCUUCAGAGACUGAAGAAGACCAUACCAGAAUCUCUGAUGAGGGACAUUGGAUCAGCCAUGGCCAUGAUCAAUUUGAAGUUGUUCCAAAGGCUGAGGUUGUCCCGGAGGCUGAGGUUGUCCCGGAGGCUGAGGAUGUCCCAGAGACUGAAGCUGUCUCAAAUACUGAAGUCGUUAGUCUAACAACCCAGACCAACAAACCAGCCAGCAUAUUUGUGACUAUCAACACAAACCCCAAGGGCAAGCGCAAGUACGAAGAAGAUCCGGAUGCAGACAUGCGUCAAGCCAUCAAAGCAGACAUGGAUCGAGCAAUGAGCCAAGCCUCCAAACUCACACUCGACGACCUGACCAAAAACCUGAGCACUCACGAUCUGGCAGUCACAAAACUCUACAUCCCAGACCCGACUUGCCCAUGUGAAGUGGACCGUUGGCUCCGAGAACGUCAAAGUGCCCAUGAAUGCUGCUGCCUGUGUCAUCUGGGUGAAGAUGUCGAGGCACCCGGUCCAUCUUGGAGGAACCGCUCGAAUGCUCAUGACUGUGCCGUCUAUGUUGAAUGGGUUGCGAACGGUGUGAAAUAUGAUCAGUGCAGACCCUGCUACUGCAAGCCUGCUGCUCCCGUGAAAAUCUUUGAUAGUGCCAUUUUGGACGACACCGAGGACGUUCCCAGCGACCACUGGUCAGAUACAGGUGAACAUGGGGAGGAUGAAAGUGAAACAGGGUCUUCGGAGGAAUCUGACCCUGAGCUAUUCUUUCACCCUGACUAUGUUCCACUACCACGACCAUCGGCCCGAGAAAAGCGGCGUGCAUGGCUGGAGGCGUGGAGGUGCGGAGAGAAGACGUUCACAAACAUCCAGGAUGCGUAUGUUCACUUCCAACGAUCGCGUGGUAUCAUGUUUGAAUUGCCACCCCGCAGAAAACUCUCAGACGGCCAUUUACCAACCUUCCACAAUCAUCAGAAACAUGAUGCCUGGGCCAGCGUGUCAGAGGCAGCUCAUCGAGUCGAACCGACCUUGACUCAGGUACAUGCAAUCCCUGAUCUACCUGAUGUUGUCAAAGUCCAAGAUAGUGAUGAGUCCUCGAGCAAGAACAAACAAGCUGCAAACGAAGAUGUCGAAAAGGUUGCAGAUGAGUCUUCUCUGAUCUCGGAAGGUCAACUAACAGUUCCAACUCAAUCUGAGACUGGGAUGUAUGAGCCUGAAACAGCCAGCUCUGCUCUCGAUCUAGAUCUCGUAUCUUCGUCUGAUUCUGAAGAUAGCGAUUCCUCGGUUGAUACCACAGCCGAGAAACCUCAACCGGCUUGGUCGAAAUCAUCCAUGCCACAAAUGGCCAAAUUCGUCUUCACGGAACCCUUCUCUCUUGUUGGCAUGGUAUACUCAGCAGCAAAUGGUAUCAACAAAGUCAUUUUUGAUUCAGCAUUCCGUCUACGCCAGUGUCUGGUCCUGCGCAGACAAAAGGAGGCCCAAGCGGUCCGAGACGCAAUCAAGGCUGCAGCUAAGGCUGCCGCUCUCGCCGCAGCUGCGGCUCGUGGAGAUUCUCCCAUCGUCGACGAUCUCGAAGACGAAGUCUCCGGUAUAGCUACUAUCGACGAGCCCGUCGGUCUCGAUGCUAUACUAUCUGCCGAUGACUUCGAAGGGUUGGGCAUGCUGGACAGUUUCUUGCUCUUCUUCCUCACCCUCGAGGUUUACAUGGCUUUGCUGUUCUUCAUCGUUGCCAUUCUCGAGUCUACUUUCGUUGCAGUCGUGGAAAGUGGUUUAUCUGUUGGGGACACCUAUUACCAGGGUCGAAUGCAAUCCAUGUGA